AUGCCAAUCGCGGCGCUCCCCCUAACCACCGUGCGCGCCAUCGGCUCCGCGUCUGUCAUUUCCGAUCCUUGUUCCAUUGUCAAGGAGCUCCUGGAUAACGCCCUGGAUGCAGCGGCCACCUCAGUUUUCAUCGAGAUCUCGCAGAAUACACUGGAUGUAGUUCAGGUAAAAGAUAACGGGCACGGUAUUCCUUCUAGCGACCAUCCUUUCGUCUGCAAACGCACCUUCACUAGCAAGAUUCAAACGGUCGAGGACCUCCGAACGAUCGGAGGAAGGUCGCUCGGGUUCCGAGGUGAAGCGCUCGCGAGUGCGGCGGAGAUCUCCGGUGGCUUGACGGUCUCCACGCGGGUUCAUGAUGAGCCCGUGGGUUUCGCUAUUAAAUAUGGCCGAGAUGGGGAGCUUCUAAGUACUCAGCGCGCGUCACAUCCAGUGGGGACCAGUGUCCGUAUAACCGAUAUGUUCAAGCACAUUCCAGUCCGGAGACAAACUGCUGUGAAGAAUGCUGCCAAGACUCUGGUCCGAAUUAAGAAGCUCGUACAAGCGUACGCCAUUGCGCAGCCCGCAAAACGACUAUCCUUGAGAGUGCUUAAAGCAAAAACAGAGUCCAACAACUGGAUGUAUGCACCGGGACAUGACACUAAGCUCAUGGAUGCCGCAUUGAAGGUUAUAGGCACGGAUGCCUCGAGCUGUCUUGUUAAAGAAUGGCCCGAUGAUGGCAGCGACGAUCAGCAAGAGGGGACUGCAGGAUUCCGGCUAGUCGCACUCCUCCCAGAUGCAGCCUCUGAGUCAGAUCUUUCCCAAGGUAACGGCUCAGGUCAGUAUAUUAGUGUCGAUGGCAGGCCUUUAUCGACAUCGCGAGGUAUUGCGCAGGAUAUUGCGAAACUAUAUAAAUCUUAUAUACGCUCGGCGGCCUCUCGCCAGGAGCCGUCUCCCAACAUCACGGAUCCGCUUUUGUGUCUCCAUAUCCGGUGCAAAGAAGCAAGCUACGAUGUGAAUAUCGAGCCCGCCAAGGAUGAUAUUCUUCUCGAAGACCCACAACUGCUUUUGUCUUUGGUGGAGGAGCUUUUGCGUGAUGUAUAUGGCGAGCAAUCAAACUCCACAAAGAAGCCAGAGGCCGUAAGUAGAGAACAGGUGCCUUCCCAUCGAAACUCAUUCGACUUGCUUCUUGCACGGAAGCCGGAACGAUCUUUACAGUCUAGCAGUCCCGGUGGCUCUGCGACAAAUUUGACGUCGAUCGGCUCAUCCGUGCAAGCGACUGGUCCAGAGAAAAUCCACACUCCGAACCCUGUCACCCGUACGGAGCUGGGGAAUCCAGCUAAUCUCUGGUCUAUGCUGCGAUCAAGCAUGCCAACUCCGAAGCCCGACAGGGCCUUGCCACGGAGGGAUAUCACUGGGACACCGACACGGAACACUGUACAGAGUCCAACAGAUAGUCGAAGAAACUCACGAGAGACCCUGCAGACUGGCUCUCCAAGGUCCUUCCUCCCUAGCCCCUCUACGUCCGGCUCCAAGUCUAUUCCUGGCUCUGUCGAGUCUUCGCCAGCUGGCCAGACGCAGACAUCUCCAGUUAACGCAGUGCAAAGCAGCCUGAAACCAGCCUUGAGGGAGCGUGAUAGGGAACGUUAUGGCAACGGAGCUCUAGACACCUGGUUCAGCAAAACCACUCUCGUCACCCUUUCCCAAGCGACUGCCAACAAUGAGUCUGAAGACCAAGAGGAGCCACCGCUGCAUCAACUAGCGCAGGAACGAUUCGGGUUACCGGAGGAACCCGCCGGCAGCUCACGAGCGAUGACAGGCGGAAACGGCUCGGCAGAAUCCGAACCCGAAGAUCCGGGCUCUCCCUUGCGUCGUGCGGAGGAGGGCCCUGAGCUCCGGGAGAGGCAUGCGGGACUGCCCACCGGCCAUCAGGAACUUCAGAAUGCACUCGACUUCGAAAAGCGAAAGAGGGAGGCGAUUCCAUCUGCAUCCAAUUCGCCCCAUCUGAGUCGGUAUCUCGCUGCCAAGGCUGCUCUUCAGCCAGAUGCUGCCAGAGCGGACGAGACCGCAGAGCCUGUAUUAAGUCCACUUGACCCAAGGUCGUAUUUGAUGCGCUAUCUGGCGCAACGCGAUAUUACUGAUGACGCAGCGAAGAUCAGAAGGAUCAGCACGAGCAAAUUGCCACUUGAAAAUAUCCCCGAUGGAUGUGAGUUACAUAGUGUGGGUGUUGCUCAGCAGGCCGACCUACCAUUAGUGUCCACCAUGUUUGGCCAUAUAUGCACCACAGAUCUAUACACCCAAGGCGGGGACCAAUUGGAAGCAUUUACACCCGAUGCAGAGACACGGUUCGAUCUCUGGAGGGAUCGGCUGACCAGCUUGAUGCAAAGCAAAUACCGGACCGAAGGGUCUGGACUGCCCGAGUUGCAAUUUGACUUUUCUCAUUUAGUGCAGCGUUCGGAAGGGCACUCAGAAUGA